CGGGAACAAGAACACACCAUUAUCAUCUGGCAGCGUUGUGACAGCAACGUGAUGUUUACGUGAUCAUAGAUGAUAUUAAAGUUCGUCAUCGCGGUUGUUGUUGUUGUUUUUUAUAUAUGUAAAAUUUCCCAUUAGAUGGAUAAUUACAUAAAUUUGUGGCCGCCUGCCCCAUUUCGCUGUGUUUUGACACAUUUUUGUCGUCGUUUUGAGUGAAUCGUUGACUCGUGUAAACAAGUCAGUCUGUUUACACGAGUCCAAAUCUGCUAAUGCUUCAAGUUUUGUUUUGUUACGAAUCAAAAAUGGAUUCAUGUAAAGUUGUGCACAGAAGGAAAGCCGAUCUAGCUGUUGUCCGGCCGAGAACACCAGACCAUGUCGAGCAGGUCUGUCCGAGAAGUCUCAACCUUGCCAAAGUGAUUAGCCUGCUUGAAGACCCCCUGACGACUCACAUGCAGGAGAGGCACAUUUUUGUGUUGAAGAAGCUGCUCAAGAGGAAACAACAGGGCUUUCUGCUGAGGGAGCUGGCGAGCAUCUCGCGGAUCCUCAAAGUCUGCGGCGAAAAGGCUGACAAGCAACCGGAAUAUUGCAGCAUUUUGUGUGAGGCUCUGAACAUUUGCAGGCUUCCCUUCCUGAAGGAAAAAGUUUCAGAUGAGCUCAACUACGCUGAAGAUGUCAAGCAGUUUCUCUCUCGCAUAGGCUACCUGAUGAGGGUGUCAGACGGCGAAGUGAGGCGUCAGGUAGUGGAGUCGGUCAAGUCUUACUACAGCUGUUCGGCUCCCAGCAAACCCCCACUCGACGAGCCUCAACCGACGUCCCCCGGCUACAGACUUCAGCUUCUGGAGCGCAGCGAUCUGGCCAAGACGCUGUUCCUGUCCAUAGCGGCGCUGGAGAAGCAGCCCGCCAUCAAGCUGUUGCUCCUGCAAACACUUCAGAUGCUCUCCAGCACAUCUGAUAUGAACUGCACUUUAAUGCUCAGUGUGCGAGGGGCUGAGAGCAUCUGUCUGCGCAUGAAUGAGCCAGACCCAUCCGGAAUGAUCCUGUUUCACUCCUCGGAAAUUCUCUGGAACCUUCUGGAGAGUGGCAACAAGGCUACAGUGGCCGCCCAGCUCAGCAGCGUGGAAUGUGCCAUAUCUCUAAAAGAAGCCUUUACUCACGCCCUGCUGAACACUUCCCGACACGCUGACCUCCAAGUCCGCAAUGAUCUGCUGGUUCUCACCACCCUCUUUGCUGAGAACUCCUGCGCUCUGCUCAUUGAGAGCUUAUUCGCCAAGCAGCUUGUUGCACUCAGCACGUUUCCCGAGCUGAAGAGUCACCAUAAUUUGGUGGGCAAGCUGAAGCUGACGUACAACAUGGAAGACCUGCAAAUGAAGAAGCUGCUGUUAAAUCUGCUGGUUGUGAUGUCCAGAGAUCCUGCAACCAUCCCGAUCUUCAAAGAGGAACAAGUGAUACUGGCUCUGCUGACCCUGGCCAAGCCUCCCGCCACCCCCUCCGAGGUGAAGCCGGGGUCUCGUGACUGGUCGUCCAUCCAGCUGGAGGAGCUCCAGCUGCAGGCUCUUGCAGUCCUCGCUACCGUAGCCCCGCUGAUACUGGACCACUACAUGUCCUGCUAUGGCAAUGUGGCCCUGCUGCACCUGCUGGACUGGUGCGUCAGGCAAGACGGCUACUGUGGACAAGGGCACAGCUUCCACGCCACCGGCGGCCGAGGGAGCAAAAAGGCUCACAUGCGUUACUGCAUCAGACUGAUGAGAUCAGUCACCUCCCUGGAUGACAAGACCCUCAACCAGGACCUGUGCGACCAGGGGACCAUACACAUGCUUCUAGGGCUUCUAAUGCAGAUGGAGUCGACUGCCAGCGAUGAGGAUGCGGUUACCGUGGAGAUGAAGUCAGACAUGCAGAUCAUCCUCUCAGCUCUGUGUGAGAGUGAUAUGCACAGAAAGGAGCUGUUUGGGACCGAGGGCGUGGAGAUGACGGUCCAUUACCUGAGGAGAGGCGCCAGCAUGUUCUACAGUGGCCUAGGACACAACAAGCUUCUCCUGUCAACCUUGGCGUGCGUGCGCACCUGCAUUGUGGGCUGUUACACGACAGAGGAUUGCUUCCUAACCCGAGAUGGCGUGCUGGUUUUACUGGACCUACUCAGUUCGAGUCCCAAGUGCGUUCACGGCGUGAUCCUGGCCACUCUUUUGGAGCUGUGUGACAACCUAAGCACAAUUCCUCACAUCCUGAGCUGGAGCGACAGCGAUGGCUGGACGGCUCCGAGUCUCCUGCUGCAAGUGUGGCGGCGGGAAGAAGAGGAGCUGGGAGUCAGCCGGAACCAACACGGCGGGAUCGCAGAUCCAAAGGAGCCUGUCCUGGCACAUCGUAAGGUGGAUGACGCAGCGCUGAUGUCGACUCUGGACACGGCGAGCGCCGCCGUAUUAGAGAUGCAAGAGAACCUGAUAGCCAAGAUUUAUUUGAUCUUCUGCAGAAUUGGUUUCGAGGAUCUUCCAGGAUUGUCCGUAAAAGACAGAGUGACCUUGAGUAUCGUCAAAAGGUACCUUGAUUUCAAGGUGAGCGAGGUGUGGGACGAGAUCAGCCGUGAGCUGAUCCGGGAGGGCAUCCGCCCCGUCACGCCGGACCAAGAGACUCUGCGUUCUGCCCAGCAGAUGUCGCAGCGCAUGGCCGAGGCGGUGGUGGCCGAGCAGGAGGAAGUCUUGCGGCAACAUGUCGAGGAGGCCAACAGGGAAGAACAACUUAUGUAUGAAGAGAUGAAGUCUCACUGGAAACAACGUCAGCUCACAGCCAAGUCAUGGAGCAAUUUUGUCUCCAAGACGUCUAACUAUAACAUCCUCAAGGGAAUCAAAGAAAAGAGGGAGAAGCACAUUGAGUCCAUAAGGACAGAAACAGCGCAAGAGGACGUAGGACAGCACCACGAAGAGGUUUUUAUCGGGAAGCUGAUGGUGGACCCGGAUAGCGACGCUCGUGGCGGCGUGAACCUGAAGGUGGUCCAAACUCCCGUGAUGGCGGCAGCACACGAGGAAGCCUUGCUCGCCUCGCGGGAGCAGCACUACUUCAAGACGGUCCAUGGCAAAAAUUGAUCACGACCAUGUUAUUCACAUGCAGUAGAGACUGAGCUCUUUUUAUCAAUCUGUUU